UACACCAGGUCUCACAACACCAGAGGACCGAGGGACCCCAGCCUUCAUCUCAGAGGUACUGUGCUAAACUCUCUACACUCGGCAGGCCCAGCCUGCUGUGGCGGUGCCUCCUUCCUCCUUCCCUCCUCUCUGCUCACCCGCCCGCGCCUUCCUUGUCUGCCUGCGUCACAGCGGCCGCCAUGGCUGAGAAUGGCGAGAGCAGUGGCCCCUCGCGCCCCUCCCGCGGCCCCGGUGCGGCCCCAGAUUCGGCCACUGCCCAGGCUGAACCCAAAAUCAUCAAAGUCACUGUGAAGACCCCUAAAGAGAAAGAGGAGUUCGCGGUCCCCGAGAAUAGCUCGGUCCAGCAGUUUAAGGAGGCGAUUUCGAAACGCUUCAAAUCCCAAACCGAUCAACUAGUGCUGAUUUUUGCCGGAAAAAUUCUAAAAGAUCAAGAUACCUUGAUCCAGCACGGCAUCCAUGAUGGACUGACUGUUCAUCUUGUCAUCAAAAGCCAGAACCGACCUCAGGGCCAGUCCACGCAGCCUAGCAAUGCCGCGGGAACGAAUACUGACACAGCAUCGACUCCCAGGAGUAACUCCACACCGAUUUCCACAAAUAGCAACCCAUUUGGGUUGGGAAGCCUGGGACAGCUUGGAAGCCUUAGCAGCCUGGGCUUCAGCUCAACCAAUUUCUCUGAGCUCCAGAGCCAGAUGCAGCAGCAGCUCAUGUCCAGCCCGGAGAUGAUGAUCCAAAUCAUGGAAAAUCCCUUUGUUCAGAGCAUGCUCUCGAAUCCAGAUCUGAUGAGGCAACUCAUUAUGGCAAACCCACAGAUGCAACAGUUGAUUCAGAGAAACCCAGAAAUUAGUCACCUGCUUAACAACCCAGACAUAAUGAGACAGACCCUUGAAAUUGCCAGGAAUCCAGCCAUGAUGCAAGAAAUGAUGAGAAAUCAAGACUUGGCCCUGAGCAAUCUCGAAAGCAUUCCAGGUGGCUACAAUGCACUAAGGCGCAUGUACACUGACAUUCAAGAGCCAAUGCUGAAUGCUGCACAAGAGCAGUUUGGUGGUAAUCCUUUUGCCUCUGUUGGGAGCAGUUCCUCCUCUGGGGAAGGUACGCAGCCUUCACGUACAGAAAAUCGAGAUCCACUGCCCAAUCCAUGGGCACCACCACAGGCUACUCAGAGCUCUGGGACUGCCAAUACAUCCACGAGCGGUGGAAGUGGAUCUGGAAGUAAUUCCAGCAAUUCUACUGGGAACACUGUGGCUGCAGCCAAUUAUGUUGCCAGCAUCUUUAGUACCCCAGGAAUGCAGAGCCUUCUGCAACAAAUAACUGAAAACCCCCAGCUGAUCCAGAAUAUGCUGUCUGCACCCUAUAUGAGAAACAUGAUGCAGUCCCUGAACCAGAAUCCAGAUCUGGCAGCACAGAUGAUGCUGAAUAACCCACUGUUUGCUGCAAAUCCUCAACUGCAGGAGCAGAUGCGUCCACAACUUCCGGCUUUCCUGCAGCAGAUGCAGAAUUCAGACACGUUAUCAGCCAUAUCUAACCCGAGAGCAAUGCAAGCUUUAAUGCAGAUCCAGCAGGGGCUGCAGACAUUAGCCACAGAAGCACCUGGCCUCAUUCCAAGCUUCACUCCAGGUGUGGGGGUGGGAGUCCUGGGAACCACUAUAGGCCCAGUCACUCCAAUAGGCCCUAUAAUCCCAUUUACUCCCAUAGGUUCCAUUGGGCCCAUAGGACCCACUGUCCCUGCAGGUCCCCCUGUCCCUAGUGGCUCUGGUGGCCCCACAGGCUCUGGUGGUUCAUCUGGCUCUACUGUGUCUAGCUCUACACCCAGUGAAACUACCAGUCCAACAUCAGAAUCAGGACCCAACCAACAGUUCAUUCAGCAAAUGGUGCAGGCUCUGGUUGGAGCAAAUCCCCCACAGCUGCCGAAUCCAGAAAUUAGAUUUCAACAACAACUGGAACAGCUCAAUGCAAUGGGGUUUUUAAACCGUGAAGCAAACUUGCAGGCUCUUAUAGCAACAGGAGGUGACAUAAAUGCAGCUAUUGAGAGGCUUCUGGGCUCACAGCCAUCAUAAUCACAUUUCUUUACCUUGAAAAAAAAAUGUAUCUUAUUUUUGAUAAUGGCUUUUAAAUCUUUAAAUGCAUACAUAUACCCUUGCUUUAUUUUCAUUUUUAAAAAUCUGUCUAAUUAUACAUCUAAUGUGAUACAUUUUAAGAUGGAGUCCUCUCCCAUUUACUUUCCUUC